UGUAAAUGUAGAAUCACUCAUUUUGUAAAGUAAUUAUUAGAAUGAAUCAUAUAGUUAUCUGUUCCAACAUUUAAAUAAUAUGAACAGUUUUAAGGUGUAACUCUCUAUUGCAUUGAUGUAUAAGUGAUUGGAGUAACAGCUUGGAGAUUGGAAUUAAGGUAUUUAGCAUAUAAAUCAAAUGCAGAUAUAGUGAUCUAUUUGAUUUGAAUACCAUUCUUAAAGCAUAAUUCUAAAAGUUACCUAAAUUUCCAGGUAAAACUCUAAGCAAACUUACAACAACUUAAGAAUUAGAAAAGCGAAGAAUUAAAUUGAAUACAUAUCUCUCCAGUAUAUCUGAAAGACUUGAAAUAGUGACAUGCCCUAUAUUUUGUGAGUUAUUUGAAAUAGCAAAAUAUGCUCCUAAAUAUGUUUUUGAAUAACCAAAAAUAAUAAAUUCUUAGCAACAUCUUUAAACUAUAAAAAAUUGUCAAUACAUUAAAGAAUAAGGUUUAGUUCUUAUUAUAAUUAUAAGAGGCUUUGCUUGUUGUGUCAUCUCAAACUGAAGGAUAUAAAUAACUGAUAGCAUUUAUGUAAAAUGAUGAAAAUUCAAUCUCUGAAGCUCUUGGAUAAGUAGAAUUAUUUAGUUUAAAGGAUAAUUAGAUUGUAUUAAAAUGGUCAUAAAUUUUUGACAAUCAAGUACAUAAUAAAUAUAAUUAAGGCUCAAUGUUUACAUUAUUCAGAAGGUGCUUUAAUUGUAGGACUUGAAAAAGGAAAAAUUAUUGUUUAUUAAUUGGAUCAAGAUUUAAAUCAACCUUAACAUCCUUCAAAUUAUUAAAUGCAUAAAAUGAGAGUAAAUGGAGUAUUUUAUCAUAAACUAAAAAAAGUUAUUUAUUCCAUUAGUUAAGAUGGAACUUUUGUUGUAACUUAAAGAGAUUAUUUGAAACACAAAGAUUGUAUCUUAUAACAUUAUAAUAGGUAGAAUUGCUAUUAAAGGGUGAAUUGACCACUUUAUUGGUUUGUGAAUAUCGUGAAAUAGCAUUUAUUGGUAAUUCUAAAGGCUCAGUAUUUAUGUUGGAUUUAAACAAAGAAAAUGUUUAAUAUUUAAAAAGAGUUGAUUGUUAAGUAUUAUCUAAAAUUGUUGACUUUGCCAUUAAUAAUCAAUAAGGGUUUUUAUUUGCUGCAUGUGAAUCUGGCUAUUUAUAAGUUAUAGAUAUAGGUUCCAUUGGAAGAGAAUCUAAUUCUAAAACCAAAAUUUGUAUAUCAACUAAUUAACAAACUAAGAAAAUUUCAUAUUGUUAAUAGAGACAUCAUAUAUAUAUUGGAGAUACUUUAGGUAAUGUUACUGUUAUGAGUGAACAAACUGGAUGUCCUAUAUGUAUUAUAAUACAAAAUAUUCUUUUUUAGAUUCUUUAAGAGCUCAUGAAUUAGAUGUAAUGAUC